AUGGCCGAGCAGCUGCGAUACGACGGCCAGGUCGUCGUCGUCACCGGUGCCGGCGGCGGCCUCGGCAAGGCCUACGCCCUCUUCUUCGGCUCGCGGGGCGCCAGCGUCGUCGUCAAUGACCUCGGCGGCUCCUUCAAGGGCGAGGGGAACUCGACCAAGGUACGUUCGUUCGCCCUUCUCCAGCCGCUCUGGGAGCUCCAAGGUACCGCCGACGGCACCCAGGCCGAGCCUGCUCCCUUCUUCCCUUUGGUCCUUCCACCCGCGGCCGACGUUGUCGUCGACGAAAUCAAGGCCGCCGGCGGCAAGGCGGUGGCCAACUACGACAGCGUCGAGAACGGCGAGCGCAUCAUCGACACCGCCAUCCAGGCCUUUGGCCGCAUCGACAUUCUCCUCAACAACGCCGGCAUCCUGCGUGACGUGAGCUUCAAGAACAUCAAGGACCAAGAUUGGGACCUCAUCGUCAACGUCCACGUCAAGGGCGCCUACAAGUGUGCCCGCGCCGCUUGGCCGCAUUUCCGCAAGCAAAAGUACGGCCGCGUCAUCAACACGGCUUCAGCUGCCGGCCUCUUCGGCAGCUUCGGCCAGACCAAUUACUCGGCCGCCAAGCUGGCCAUGGUCGGCUUCACCGAGACGCUCGCCAAGGAGGGCGCCAAGUACAACAUUCUCUGCAACGUCAUUGCCCCCAUCGCGGCCAGCAGGAUGACGGAAACGGUCAUGCCCCCCGAUGUGCUCGAGAACCUUAAGCCCGACUGGGUCGUGCCCCUCGUCGCCGUCCUCGUCCACUCGAGCAACACGAGCGAGAACGGCGGCAUCUUCGAGGUCGGCGGCGGCCACGUGGCCAAGAUGCGAUGGCAGCGCUCCGGCGGCCUGCUCCUCAAGGCCGACGACUCCUACACGCCCGGCGCCAUCCUCAAGCAGUGGAGCAAGGUCGGCGACUUUUCCGAUGCCCAGUACCCCUCGGGGCCUAAUGACUUCAUGACCCUGCUCGAGGACUCGAUGAAGAUGGGACCCAACCCCCAGGGUGAGAAGCUCGACUUCACCGGCCGCGUCGCCCUCGUCACCGGCGGCGGCGCCGGCAUCGGUCGCGCCUACGCCCUCGCCUUUGCCCGCCACGGCGCCUCCGUCGUCGUCAACGAUCUCGUCAACCCGGACGACGUCGUCGCCGAGAUCCGCAGCGCCGGCGGUAAGGCCGCCGGCGUCAAGGCCUCGGCCGAGGAUGGCGAUGCCGUCAUCAAGGGCGCCAUCGACGCCUUUGGCCGCGUAGACAUUGUCGUCAACAACGCCGGCAUCCUGCGAGACAGGGCCUUUAACAACAUGGACGACAACCUGUGGGAUCCCGUCAUGAACGUCCACCUGCGCGGCACGUACAAGGUCACCAAGGCCGCCUGGCCCUACUUCCUCAAGCAGAAGUACGGCCGCGUCCUGAACACGACCUCGACGAGCGGAAUCUACGGCAACUUUGGCCAGGCCAACUACGCCGCCGCCAAAUGCGGAAUCCUCGGCUUCUCCCGCGCCCUCGCCCUCGAGGGCUUCAAGUACGGCAUCUACGUCAACACCAUCGCCCCCAACGCCGGCACGGCCAUGACGGCCACCGUCAUGCCCGAGGAGAUGGUCCAGGCCUUCAAGCCCGACUACAUCGCGCCCCUCGUCCUCGCCCUCUGCAGUGACAAGUGCCCCGACCCCACCGGCGGCCUCUACGAGGUCGGCAGCGGCUGGGUGGGCCGCACCCGCUGGCAGCGCACCGGCGGCCACGGCUUCCCCGUCGACGUCAAGCUCGUCCCUGAAGAGGUGGUCAAGCACUGGGAGGACAUUGCCAAUUUCGACGACGGCCGCGCCGACCACCCCGAGAAGACGCAGGAUUCGCUCCAGAAGAUCAUGGCCAACAUGAGCAACACGUCGGGCGCCGCCAAGGCCGACGGAGGCUCAGCUCCUGCCGCUAAUGAGCACCUCGCUGCCAUUGCCGAGGCCGUCAAGUCGGAGGGCAGCCCUUGCGAGUUCAAGUACGAGGAGCGCGACGCCAUCCUCUACAACCUCGGCGUCGGCGCCAAGUCGAACGAGCUCCAAUACGUCUUUGAGGGCCACGAGGACUUCCAGGUGCUGCCUACCUUUGGCGUCAUCCCUCCUUUCAGCACCGAGAUGCCAUUCGACUACAACGCCAUCGUGCCCAACUUCUCGCCCAUGAUGCUCCUCCACGGCGAGCAGUACCUCGAGGUCCGCCAGUGGCCGCUGCCCACCUCGGCCCGCCUCGUCUCCACCGGCCGCCUGCUCGAGGUCGUUGACAAGGGUUCCGCCGCGAUCGCGAGAAACGGCAUCACGACGGUCAACGCCGACACGGGCGACGUCGUCUUCUACAACGAGAUGACCGUCUUCCUCCGCGGCUGCGGCGGCUUCGGCGGCCCCCCCAAGCCCCAGGACCGCGGCGCCUCCACCGCCGCCAACGUACCGCCUGCCCGUGCACCCGACGCCGUCGUCGAGGAGAAGACGAGCCAGGACCAGGCGGCCAUCUACCGCCUGAGCGGGGACUACAACCCCCUGCACAUCGAUCCCUCCUUCGCCAAGAUGGGCGGUUUCAAGGCCCCAAUCCUGCACGGCCUUUGCACUUUUGGCGUUGCCGGCAAGGCCGUCUACGAUCGCUUUGGCGCCUUCAAGAACAUCAAGGUUCGCUUCGCCGGCCCCGUCAUCCCGGGCCAGACGAUCGUCACUGAGAUGUGGCGCGAGGGCAACCGCGUAAUCUUCCAGUCCAAGGUCAAGGAGACGGGCAAGCCUGCCAUUGCCGGCGCCGCCGCCGAGCUUCUCGUCACCGACAAGAGCAAGGUCUGA